UAAAGACACGUAAAGACACACCAAAUUUCACAAAAUUCUUAAAAUAUAUGCAUUUUCAUAUAAAAAACAUUAUUAAAAUCAACUAAUAUCAAAAGUACAUGACAAUGGACGCUGGCCAAUGGUACCGGUCGCUGCCUCGCUUCACCCGCUACUGGCUGACGGCGACGGUGGUGCUCAGCCUGCUCUGCCGCUUCGACCUGCUCUCCAUCUCGGCUCUGCAUCUGGACCGAUCAAAGAUCUUUGGCAGCCUGCAGCUGUGGCGAUGCGUCACCUCGCUUUUUGUGUUCCCCAUCACACCGAACACGGCCUUCCACUUCCUCAUCAACUGCUACUUCAUUGUGCAGUACAGCACCAGGCUGGAAAAGGAUCAGUACUCGCGCAGUCCCUCCGACUACCUGUACCUGCUCAUCGUGACAGCGGUGCUGGCCAACGUCGGAGGACUGCUGUUUAAGGUCCACUUCCUCAUGGACAUGAUGGUGAUGGCGGUCACCUACAUCUGGUGUCAGCUAAACAAAGAUGUGACAGUCAGCUUCUGGUUCGGCAGUCGCUUCAAGGCCAUCUACUUGCCCUGGGUGCUGGCUGCAUUUGAGUUUAUAUUCAAGUUCUCUCUGGCCUCGCUGUUGGGCAUUUUCAAUGGCCAUGUUUACUUUUUCCUCAAAUUCCAAUAUUCCCAAGAGCUGGGCGGCAAUGCGUUACUCGAGACGCCACAGUUCCUCAAACGCCUGGUACCUGACACUUCUGGUGGUUUUGGUGGCUUUGGCGUACCGCCGGAGAGCAGAGCGCCUCCACGUGCACCCGAAAAUCCCUGGGGCCGAGGCAUGACCCUGGGUCACGACUAGGCACACACACACACCAUAUAUGGAUCCCAUUUUUGGUUAGAAUUUUUGUAACAAAAACCUGAUCGUGUUUCAACCAACGCUCGAUUCUACGGCCGCAACAGCAGCAACAAGUAAAAAUAUUGUUAAGUGGGGAGGAUUAUUAAUUGUGCAUAAAAAA